GGUUAGGAAUUUUGCGUCACUCAUAUGAAAACCGACGGUCAACCACACGUUGAUCUGUUGAUCAGCGCUAAUUCUCCAGAGUUUGGCUGUUAUGUUGGACCUGCGCCGCCCCACACUUUAAGACCAUUGUUUUAUGUGACUCUCGUUACAGUAUGUGUCGGUGAACCAGCGAUGUGCAGCAACAUACGUAUAUACUGAGGAAGCCGGAAAUUGCUUGACGCCUGCACUUAUACCAUGUACUGCCCGAGUAAUAUGUAAACAGAUGCGUCAUUUAUUAAGUAUAACUCUGUAAAAUGAUAAACAGUACCCUAACCAACGCACAGGGGGAAGAAAGAAGCCACAAGCUGCAUGUGUCAGUGUCCGACAGAGUACGACGAUCGCUGUGCCCAGAAACCACCUGGUAUAGAUUGAACAGAGAGACUUCAGAAGAGAAAUUCGGUGUUUUGGUUAGGCUGGAAUGAAAUGAAAAUGAAUGCAAGAACAAAAUUUACAUCACUGGCAGUUUUCAUUUAUUCAGCCUUCUUCAUGUCCGUAUUAAGGUCAAUGAUGGUAAACGUGCAAGCCCACAAUCCAGGCAAUGUACCAGUCAGGAAUGAAAGCCUUCAGAGAAAAAUCAAAGCACUGCACAGCAAUACCAGCGCAGCGCAGGUUAGAAAAAUCAAGCAUGUGGACUCGAAGAUAGGAGUCACCCUUCCUGAGACAUUGUGUAAUUUGACUGCUACCUUUCCAUGCUCUUGUAGCGUAUCGCUGGAUGGGAAAGUUACAGUGACCUGUGCGCACAAAAAUUUAACAUCUGUGCCUCCAAACAUACCAGAAAAGGUCACCGAGUUGAUUCUCAGCUACAACAAGAUACGAACAAUUCUAGCUUCUGUUUUUGCGAAAUUUUCUUCUCUGCAGACACUUGACCUCUCUUACAAUGGUAUAUCUCAUCUCGGCUCAGGAAGCUUUAACGGACUUCACCAAUUAAAAACACUGCUUCUGGAUGGAAACCCGCUCAAAAUGUCGAACAAAACGUUUGCUGAGGACGUAUUCGAUCGUCUUGACAAUCUUCUGUCAUUAAAUUUGAAGUCUAACUUUUCCGUUGAAGAACCGGAGAUUCAAUACCCUGAUGUUGCCUUGGGUAAACUUUCUUCACUGGAGACGCUUCUAAUCAGUGGGUUGUCGAAUAAAACAUUUGGAGCAGGCUUUCGCAACAUGACGUCACUUCAAACAUUAGACCUUUCUUGGACACCUUCAUUUAGGUUCAUAUCUAGAAAUACAUUUGUCAAUUUCAAUAAUCUUACAUUGAAGAAUUUAUUGCUAAACCACUGUGAUCUGCGGUGGAUCCACAAAGAUGCUUUCACACAUUUACCAAACAUCGACACUAUUGACUACAGCUACAAUAAGAACCUGGAGAUUAAAGGAGUGGGGAUGAGCUUCUAUGGUCUCCAGAAUUCUACAAUCCGGAAAAUCGUGAUGCGACGGGUCCAUCAGCCGCCGUUCUUUUCCGUUGUAACGAAGGAAGACAUACAGUAUCUUAAGAACACGAAUCUGGAGGAACUGCACGUAGACAAUAACACUAUCGGCCAGGUGGAAGACGGUGUACUUCUGCUAUUGCCAUUAUCAAUCCAAAUAAUUCGCAUUUCGUGGAAUAACAUUCAGUCAAACAACAGACAGGUCCUGCGCCUUCUGCGGUUUAGAAAUGGCACAGAGAUUGAUGCUAGCUACCAGGAGGUAUUUCAGGCGAGGGUAAAGCUGAGUAGCAUUUCUACUUUAAGUCGUUAUGAUCGCUUUAACAACACUUCAUCCCCUGUUGAUCCCAAAAACAGUCAAGCCGUAAGAAAAAAUGCAGAAAUUCGAUUCGUUCUGCCUCCAAAUCUGUGGAUGGUGAACUGCAGCAAUACUUACAAACUGCGAUAUACCAUUCCAUAUCUCGAGUUUACAAACUCAAGCCUCACUCAUGUGUAUUUAGCUUACAAUCUCUUGGACAAAUGGAUAGGUCCCGUCAAAGGUUUGGACAGUGUACGAUACCUUGACCUAACAGGCAACAGUUGCUACAAAGUUUCAGAAAGGUUUUUUGCUUAUGGGAUAAAUCUGGAAACUUUGCUUAUUGGAGAAAACAGGUUCGGAAAGGACUUUAGCGACAACACGUUUUAUAAUCUCACCAAACUAAUUCGCCUAGACAUGAACGACAAUCAACUUGAAUCUGUUGGGCCCAACUUGUUCGCAAGGCUAACAAGUCUCACUUACCUGAACUUGUCCAAAAAUUACCUUUCGAACUGGACGGGGAAUAUUUCCGGUCUAGUAAAACUCACCGAUCUAGAUCUGUCCGACAACAAACUAAAAACGCUUCCCAGAUCGUUGUGCAGGGAUCUUGAUACUAUCCAGCAAUUCUCUAACAUCCAAAUUGACAUCCAGGGGAACCAACUUCAGUGCAUCUGUGACACGGAGUAUUUUAUCGAGUGGUUAACACAAACCAAAGUUUACAUCCGCAAUUUAAACUCCACUUCCUGUACUCUGGCAAAUGGCACGGUACUGUCUUUGACAGAUAGCACAUCCAUUCUGAACCAUCUUCAGGGACACUGUCGAUCUUACACAGUUCUAAUUGGUGGAUUAUGCGCAUGUUUGGCUUUGUUUCUGAUAGUGGCACUGGUUGCACUUGUUCGCAGACAUCACUGGAAACUCCGAUACCUGUGGUACAUGGCAACGAACUGGCGAAAGAGAACGGGUUACCAAAGACUGGACACCGCCGAAGAGAAUCCCUUCGGUUACGACGCCUUUGUGUCUUAUGAAGACUCGGAUCGAACCUUCAUCCGUGAACAGGUUAUUCCCCGUCUGGAAAGGGACGCUGGCUUAAAGCUCUGUAUAGAUAAGAGAGAUUUCAUAGCUGGACUCUAUGUUACUGAUAACAUUCUACACGCCAUACAGAACAGCCGGAAAACCGUGAUCUUCCUCUCUCAAAAGUUCCUAAAAAGCAAAUGGUGUGUGUACGAGAUGAACAUGGCUCGGAUGGAGGGAAUUCAUAGCGGCAGAGACGUACUGGUGAUGGUUCUGACAGAGAAAAUACCGACCAGUCAACUUUCCGCUGAGAUCGUGGACGUAAUCCACAACCAGACGUACAUCGAGAUGACGAACAACGUGUAUGGGGAGGCACUUUUCUGGGAAAGACUUGUUUCUGCAAUUCAGGCAGAGUAGGAGUGCUUGUCUGUAUAUUUAUAAAAAUGAACCCAUAAUGCCAAGCGCACGAUCUUGUUCUCCGACGGCGUCUUUUCUCAGGCUUGCGCGUUUCAGAACUGUACACAGUAAAAAUAAUACACAGUCAGACGCAUUGUAUGUACAGAAUUUUGAAAUAUGAUUGGUUUAAAACAACUUAAUUCUUCUGCUGCUGUUCCUUUACGCUACUCUUGUAGUGGUGCAGCACUCAUUUCCAUACUGUUGUGCACUGGGAUAAAUUGUUAAAACCGAACUCUUCAGUUAACGAUGUCAAACGACCUAGCUGUGCUCCACGUGUGUGGUCAGAUGUAAAUUUUCAUCCCAUCUCGGUGUUUUUGGUUUGCUUGAAUUUGUCCUCAAUAGGGAUGCUUGUCACUUGUUUAUUUUUGUUUACUUGACUUCGUCGUAAUUAUGGCUCCACGCCAUUUGUUUGCUUUUGCUCACUUGAAUUUGUCGUAAAUAGAAAUCCACGCCUUACAGGUCUUUUUGUUUCAUUGAAUAUGUCGUAAUUACGGUACCACGCUAUUUGGGUGUUUUUGUUUACUUGACUUUGUCGUAAUUAAGGAUUCACCUCACUUGCCUAUAGAAUACCUGUUGUUGUUGUCAAUAUUAGUUAUUCUUUCUUUCUUAUUAUUAAUUGCUAUUGUUGUUAAGGCCAAAUCUCAGAUAGAGCUAACAGAUGCACCUUGAAUCUUAUCGUAUAUAUUGAUUGUGUAUGUCACUUGUAAAAUUCUCAAUUCUGGUUGAUUCUGUUUGAAUUCUUGUAAUUUUUUGGGUGAUUUAGCGAGCGUAUUGGAAUUUGUUAAAUUUUAAAGCAUUUUGCCAAACUUCUGCCAAAGACUUAGAGCCAUUGUUAUGGAAUUAUAUAUGUUAUGUUAUGUAAUGUCAUAUGGUAUACAUUGUUAUGAAAUGAUAUAUGUUAUGUAAUGUCAUAUGGUAUACAUUGUUAUGAAGUUAUAUAUGUUAUGUAAUGUCAUAUGGUAUACAUUGUUAUGAAGUUAUGUGAAAUUAUAAUUAUACCAUCUCAUGGUAAAGGGGAAUAAUCUGAUUUUGAGUCUGGAGACAGCUUUGUGCGCUGAAUCCGAAUACGCAAAUAUUUUAUGGGGAGUAGAAAGAGUUUACCGCUGGUGAAAACAAGUCAAAAUGUAAAUCGCUGUAAUGUGUAAUAAAUUUACCUGUGAUUACCAGGUACGUUUGUCUAAAACACAAAAGUACACAGUGUAUUGUCAGUAUUUGACUAUAACUGUGUUCCUAUGUGGGUCGAAUUGGAAACAGUUUCGGUCUCUGUUUGUCUGACUGAUUCUGGUAUAACGCCGCACUCAACAUUAUUUCGGUCAUAUCACCACAAUGUCUCCGUGUAGUAUAUUUAUUUAUUUAUUACGUCGUACUCAAGAGUAUUUCACUUAUACGACGGCGGCCAGCACUAUGGU